GUUACCCAGUGCUACCCCAUAUACAUCCAUUUCAGCUCCACUUUACAAAGAUAUCCACACUGUUUAGCAUUAACCUCCCUGGCGGUAUUCCUGAGUGUAGCUCGGGGUAAGGUUUCAGUACCACAAGAGGCAACCCCGAGCUACACUCGGGCUUACCAUGCGGUGCUGCUGCGGGAUCCCUCGAUCACUUACCUUGUCCUUCGUUCCUGCUAUGUCCCUCCAGCAGUGUCCCCAGCAAUGUCCUCCGGCGCAUGCCGGCAUCUGUCAUCUAGGUUCCAUCCCCUGCAAGCGUCGGGACGUACGGGGGACAGAACAGGCAGGAAAUUUGAAAAUGUCAAAAAGUGACAUUCACUAAAUACACUAA